AUCUAACUAUAGGUAGCUUAAAAACUCCCAACUAUGGUCCACUGGCGUGAGUCAUAUACUAAUAUUAAGCUAAUUUUACGUGGAAAAUGGUACGCACCACGUAAAGUACGUAAACGUAUAGUGUUCGAGAUUGGGUGGCGCGCUAAUUUGAACCGAGAUAGCGGCUGGGCUGUGCCGCCUGCAAGGAAGAGAAUCCUUGGAGAGAAUUUCAGUAAGAGUUGAUAGUGCAGUGGAAAUAUUGAGUUCGUUCUGUUUAUCGUCGCAAGUGUUGCGUGAACCUAACUCGCCUACAACGACGGCGCAAGACCAUCCUCAACCCAGUGCACUGCGCGUCGUGCUACAGUACGCGCGGCCAUCGUGACUGCUACUCCACUGUUAGUGCUUGAAAAUGGACAAUGCCGGAUUUAGAGGUCUGGAGGCCUCGGGCAAUAAAGGAGUGGAGGCCCCCCGGCCCCAAAUUUUUUCCAAAUAAAAUGAAACCUAUUGGAGUGCUGACAACUACAGCUGGCAGACCAGUUGAUGUGCGGGAGACAAUCACCCUCAACACAGAUUUCUUCAACAGUCAACAUUUCUGGGAUCUGCAGUCUGCAUCCGAACAUGAGCGGAUCCCGGAGCGCUCGGUGCACGCGCGCGGCACGAGCGCCUUCGGCUAUUUCGAAGUUACCAACGACGUCUCCAAAUACACCAAAGCGGAUGUCUUCAAUGGCAUUGGAAAGAGAACCCCCGUCGUCGUCCGAUUCUCCUAUCUGGUCCAAAGUCGCGGAGGUGUAGAUGUGGUGAGAGAGACGGGAGCUUUAACAUCCAAAUUCUACACAAACGAGGGCAACUUAGAUUUUCUGGCCAUAUCUUUCCCAGUUUUCCUCUAUAAUUCUCCACAUAAGUUCAGUGCGUUUGCUCAUGCUUUCAAAAGGAACCCUAAGACAUUCAUUUUCGAUUCUACAGCUCGUUUGGACACUGUCACUCUUACGCCUGAAGCCCUGCACCAGAUAUUGUGGCUGUUAUCAGAUUUCGGUAUCUUUAAUGGCUACAGGAAAAUGAGCGCCUUUCCUGUCCACGCAUACGAGCUCGUUAACAAACACGGUGACAGCUAUUACGUGAGAUUCAAUUUCAUAACUGAACAGGGACUGGAGUUACUCACCGAUCGAGCGGCCAUGGCUAUUAGAAAUUAUGACCCAGACUACUCCAUCAGAGACCUUUACGACGCAAUAGCUGCAGGGAACUUCCCCGCUUGGAGACUAGAUAUGGACAUCAUUCCGAAGUCCCACAUUCCUAAGCUUAAUUACAAUCCCUUCGACAUGAGUACUUUAUGGAGGAAUGGAACAUACCAUACAGUAACAAUUGGACGUUUAAUCUUAAACAGAAACCCUGAUAAUCAGUUUAAGGAUGCCGAACAAAUGGCCUUUCAUCCCGGUAAUUUGGUGCCCGGUAUACCAGGACCGGUUGACGACACGUUCAAAGCGCGAAGAUUCUCCUAUCGAGAUGCUCAAAUUUACCGGUUAGGUAUAAAUCAUAAUAAUAUUGAACUCAAUCAUCCAAAGUAUUCGAAGACCUACAACAGAGAUGGCUUGCCGCCGGUGCGUGAUAAUAUGAAAGAUACGCCGAAUUACUAUCAGAACUCGUUCAACGGCCCAGUUCCGUAUGUGGACGUAGCGAACCCUAAAGAGUUGGUAUCAAUUAAGUACAGACAGUCGAUAGAUCUCGGAGAGUCUUCUUAUUUCUACAACACGUUCAUUAAUACGGAGGGUAAGAGAAAUAGGAUGGCAUCAUACAUAGCCAAUAUAAUGGUGAACGCGAUUGAAGAAACGCAAAAGAAAUGGCUGGAGCUCCUAUACCUCGUAGACCGCGACUUAGGCACGCGCGUCUCGGCCGCGCUGCCAAUAGCUGAGGCGCAGAAGAUAUUGGGGAUCCCGAAACUUGUAUUAGUUGAAGAGAACCCUAAAACAUAUGAUGUAGCACCCAUGUGUCAAUAGUAACAGGAGAUACAGUCAGUAAAAUUAUGUGAUAAAAUGUAGUUAACUAUACUUUCUAUUGUCUUCGGUUAACGCGAUUGUUAUUCAUGAACUAAAAUUAUUUAGAUGGAUUAUGUCGCGUAUAAUGAAUUUAAAAUACAUCCCGACGUUUCAAACCCUUGACAGCGUUCGUAGUCAACGGAUGAUGUGAUCUUCCAUAAUAUGGGACAGGCAAAGCGAAACAUUUCUACUCGGGUAAAGGAACACAUAGCUGUUGUCAAACACCAUCGACCGGUAUGCAGUCUGGGAGCAUGUUAUGGACAAAGCCAAUCACUCAGUAAAAUAUGAUAAGCCUUUGGUUCUCGCCGAGGAGAAGCUAUAUAUUCCCCAGUGUUCCCAGAGGCCAUCGGUUUGCCAAAAAGAUAGAUCGAUUACUGAACCAGU